UUAUUCGAUAGCUUACCGAAAACUGUUAGUGCAUGGAAAGUCCUCAAAAAGUGUAGUGAUGGAAAGUGCAUGGAAAUGGGUUUAGUUCUAUAAAUGGAAUUGCAUGCAUCUGUCAGUGGUCAGCGGUUGAAUAUACAUCCUUUUCCGUUGAUUUGACUCGUUCUCUUGCGUUAGUGAAGGACUUAUCGUCUCAAGUUUACCCCUCCUGUUUUGGUGAUAAGAGCCAACAUUAGAACGUUACAUACCUCACAUUCACUCUCCCACAGCAUUGCUAUCAUGGAAAAACCAGCUAUCGGAAUCGACUUGGGAACCACACACUCUUGUGUUGGAGUUUGGCAGCAUGGGAAAAUCGAAAUCAUCGCAAAUGACCAAGGUAUGAGAAUUACACCGAGUUAUGUUGCUUUCGCAGACGGAGUGCGAUUGAUUGGAGACAGUGCCAAAAUUCAAGCCGCUACGAACCCUGAAAACACCAUUUUUGACGCGAAACGUCUCAUUGGCAGAAAAUUCAAUGAUUCUGUGGUCCAAGCGGACAUAGAACAUUGGCCUUUCGCUGUUAUUGAUGAUGGUGGCAACCCGAAAGUUCGUGUCGACCAUGAUGGAGAGGUGAAGGAAUUUGCUCCUGAAGAAAUAAGCUCCAUGGUCCUUUCCAAAUUGAAAGAAACGGCUGAGGCCUACCUUGAUUGUGAAGUUACGGAUGCAGUUAUCACCGUUCCCGCGUACUUUAAUGAUUCACAAAGGCAGGCGACGAAAGACGCGGGAGCCAUUGCAGGGUUAAAUGUUUUGCGAAUCAUUAAUGAGCCAACUGCGGCUGCCCUGGCAUAUGGUCUUGAUAUGAAAGGUAAACGGAAUAUCUUGAUCUUUGAUUUGGGCGGUGGUACUUUUGAUGUUUCUAUUCUGACCAUCGAUGAAGGUUCUUUAUUCGAAGUGAAAUCGACUGCUGGUGACACUCAUUUGGGCGGUGAAGACUUCGACAGCCUUUUGGUGAACUAUUUGAUCGAAGAAUUCAAGCGGAGGUACAAAAAAGAUUUCGCACCCAACCCCCGAACACUAAGUAGAUUGAGGGCUCAUGCAGAGCGAGCCAAAUGCACUUUGUCAGCGGCGCCAACAACCAAUAUUUCGAUUGAUGCUUUAUUUGAUGGUAUUGAUUUUCACACAUUAGUAACCAGAGCUAAGUUUGAGAACCUCUGUGCUGACUUGUUCCAAAGAACAUUAACGAUAGUUGAGAAGGCUCUAAUGGAUGCUGAACUAGGAAAAGAUGCCAUUGAUGAUGUAGUUGUUGUUGGAGGUUCCUCUAGAAUUCCGAAGGUCCAAUCAUUGCUCCAGGAUUUCUUUGGUGGUAAAACCUUGAAACACACGAUUCACCCAGAUGAAGCUGUUGCUUACGGCGCUGCCGUACAAGCUGCAUCACUAAGUGGAAAUGAAGACCUGGAUAUUAAGGAUAUAGUGUUGCACGAUGUUACUCCUCUUUCUCUUGGAAUUGAUAUCGAAAACGACGUAUUCAGUGUUCUCAUUAAGAGAAAUACCAGGAUUCCAUGUAAAAUAACAAGAAACUAUACAACAGGAGUAGACAACCAGGUUAAUAUACGCGUUGAAAUCUAUGAAGGUGAGCGUGCAGUAGCCUCCGAGAAUCAUUUGCUGGGUAAGCUUUUACUACAAGGUAUCAAAAAAGCACCCAGAGGUGUGCCCAACGUAGAUGUCUCGUUUGACUUGAAUGCAGAGGGAAUCCUUUCUGUUUCAGCUGAAGAAAGUGGCACUGGCAACUCUGCAAACAUUACGAUCACCAAUGAAAAGGGUCGCUUAUCCAAAGAAGACAUCAUACGAAUGAUUCGAGAGGCUAAACUUUUUAAAGAAAAAGAUGAGAAGCAUUUAGCUCGAUCCAGAGCUAGGAAUCAACUAGAGGAUUAUACUUACAAAAUGAUGCAGGAAUUAAAAGCAGCAGAAUCCGAGCUCUCCCAGGCUGACAAAGGUUGCAUGAAAGAGGAAAGCGAUAAAAUCUGGGAUUGGCUAAAGAAAAAUCCUAAAGCUGGUCUAGGAGAAUAUAAACAGAAGUUGCAAGAUAUCCAGGAGAGGUGCCAGCCGAUCAUGAAGAAAAUUCACACAGAAGAUGCGCUGCUUGAUUAAUAAAGUCCAAUUUUGUGCUUCCUCAUUCUGCUUUAUUAAAAAUAUUGAACUUUGAGUUAUUUUGUAUUCAUGAUAAUUGAAUUUGUAGUUAAAUCUUGCAUACAGAGAGCCUGAUGACGUUGGACAGUUACCAGAAAUGAGAUGAUCAUUUUCAACGCUUUCUCAAUGUCAAAAUGUCUGCAGCAACAAAUAUAAAUUGAAAACGUUUA